UCAUAAAAUCCCAGCCACAACCUUCUCCAUUCAUCUCCCUCCUUCCUUUAAAUACCUCCACCCACUUCAUUGUAUGACCAAGGAGUUCUAGGCCAAUUCACUAGUUCGAUAUGUCGAGUUCAUAUCAAGAACAUAUGAUGGGAGUUCCGUUCAGGUCACUGGCCGCUCUGACACGGCGACGUCUCCUGCCUGAUCAUUCUGCAGCCAAGUUAAUGGUGAAAGGACAUGUUGGGUCCAAAUCAUUGAAACAAUAUAAUGGGAAAGAUCAUUCACUGAGAAACAGAGUGAACAAGCUUGGAAGAAAAGCUGACAGCUUUGCUCAUGGAUUUCGAGAGCACAUGAGAUUGGGGCCAAAGAUCACAGAGACAGUGAAGGGAAAGUUGAGUUUGGGAGCAAGAAUUGUGAAGGUGGGUGGAUUGAGAAAAGUUUAUGAGAAUAUGUUUAGAGUGAGCCAAGGAGAGAAGCUGCUGAAGGCUUCCCAUUGCUAUUUAUCAACCACAGCAGGCCCAAUUGCUGGCCUUCUCUUCAUCUCCACUCACAAAAUUGCUUUCUGCAGUGACAGAUCCCUCAAAUUCUCUUCUCCCAGUGGAGAUCAUAUCAGAUUCCAUUACAAGGUUGUGAUUCCAGUUGGGAAGGUGAUGAGAGUAAAUGAAAGUGUGAAUGUGAAGAAGGCUUCACAGAAGUACAUACAAAUAGUUACAGUGGACAACUUUGAGUUUUGGUUUAUGGGUUUUCUAAACUAUAGAACAACUUUCAACUCUCUUCAGGGAGUACACACAGGACUUUGAAUCAGGCUUUCCAAUGGAUAUAUAUAUAUAUAUAUAUAUAUAUAUAUAUAUGUAUGUAAUUUGAAGUAUAAAUUAUUACUGAUCUUGUGUACAGAUUAAUUCA